AUGAAGAACCAACAAGCAAGUCAACAAAGAGCUGCUGCAGAAGCUGCUGCUGCUAAGCAAAAGAAUGAUCAACAAGAUCAAGCACAGGCUCAAGAAGGGUCUCAGGAAGAACAAAGACAACAAGACACGAAUGAAUCCGGAGAUCAAAAUGCCGCUGAAAAAGACACUGGUGACACCAAAGAACAAGGUGAAGAAGGUGAAGAAGAACAAAACGAAGAAGACGAAGAAGAAGAAGAAGAAGAAGAAGAAGAAGAAGAAGAAGAAGAUUCUGAAGACGAAGAAGAGUCUGAAGACGAAGAAGACUAUGAAGAACUUUUGAAACAAAUGAUUGGCAAAAAGCUUAACAAGUCUGGUAUGGUCGUUGACAAGAAAUCUGGCAUUGUUCUUGGUAGGCUCGUUGAAGGCAAGCUUAAAAAACUUGCUGGAAAGAAAGUCGGUGAAAAUGGUACUAUUGUCAAUGAUAAGGGCAAGGUCAUUGGUAAAGUAGAGCCUAUCUCUCAAGAUGAUGACGAUGAGUCCUCUGACGAUGAUGGUGACGAAGAUAACGAUGAAGAACAAAAUUCCAAGGCUCAGGUUGAUGAUGAACAAGAAGAUGAGCCAACUGAAGAAGUCUUUGAAAAGACCGAGGCUAAAGAAGAUGAGGUCGAAGACGACAUCAAAGACCCUAAAAAGAAGGCUAAAGAAACUGAUGAUGCUAAAGAUACCGCUGAAGAUGCUGCCGAUAAUACCAAAGAUAACGCUGAAGAUGCUGCCAGUGGCGUCGAAGGCGCUACCGAUGAUGCCAAAGAUACCGCUGAAGAUGCUGCCGGUAAUGCCAAAGAUACCGCUGAAGAUGCUGCCGGUAAUGCCAAAGAUACCGCUGAAGAUGCUGCCGGUAAUGCCAAAGAUAACGCUGAAGAUGCUGCCAGUGGCGUCGAAGGCGCUACCGAUGAUGCCAAAGAUACCGCUGAAGAUGAUGCCGGUAAUGCCAAAGAUAACGCUGAAGAUGCUGCCAGUGGCGUCGAAGGCGCUACCGAUGAUGCUAAAGAUACCGCUGAAGAUGCUGCCGGUAAUGCCAAAGAUAACGCUGAAGAUGCUGCCAGUGGCGUCGAAGGCGCUACCGAUGAUACCAAAGACACUGCUGAAGACGCUACCAAAGACACUGAAGAUGUCGCUGAAGAUAUUAAAGAAACUGCUGAAGACGCUACCGAUGAUGCUAAAGUAGACAAAAACGCUACUGAUGAUGCCAAGAACGCUGCUGAAGAUGCCAAGGACACCGUCAAAGACACAGAGAAGGAAACUGAAGAAAAAGCCGAAGACGCUGAAAAGGAUGUCAAGGAUCUUGAUGUUGCUAAAGAUGAAGAAAAGCCUUUCAGUCCCAAUGACAGUGUCAAUGAAGACUCUCCUGAAGUCAAGAAGUCUGGUAAAGUCUUGGAUAUGGAAGACAACAUUGUUGGUUAUGUCGAUAAGCGUCUUGCUGCCAAGUUUGCUGGUUACAAAGUCAACGCUGAUGGUGAUAUCAUUGACCAUGACGGCGAAGUCGUUGGUAGUGCUGAUAUGAUCCAACCUGAAGAAGAAGAAGAUAAAGACAAGCCCUUCAACCCCAAUGACAGUGUGAAUGAAGACUCUCCCGAAGUCCGUAAAUCUGGCAAGAUCGUCGAUAUGGAAGAUAACGUUGUUGGUACUAUUGACAAAGAAAAGGCUUCCAAGCUGGCUGGCUUCAAGGUCAAUAAGGAUGGUGAAGUCAUUGAUAAUGAAGGACAUAUUGUUGCCAAGGCCAAAUUGUUUGAACAAGAAGAGAAGCCCUUCAAUCCUAACGAAAGUGUCAAUGAAGAUUCGCCUGAGGUACGCAAGUCUGGUAAAGUCUUUGAUAUGGAUGAUAACUUGGUUGGUUAUGUUGACAAGAAGUUGGCACCCAAAUUGGCUGGCUUCAAGGUCGAUGAUCAAGGCAACGUCAUUAAUAAUGAAGGCCAUAUUGUUGCUAAGGCUGACAUGAUCAAAGAAGAAGAACCCAAGGAAGAAAAAGAGGAGGAUAAGAACAAGCCCUUCAACCCCAAUGACAGUGUGAACGAAGAUUCUCCUGAAGUUCGCAAGUCUGGCAAGGUUAUUGAUAUGGAAGACAAUAUCGUUGGUUAUGUUGAUAAAAAGUUGGCUUCCAAGUUUGAUGGUUUCAAGGUCAAUGACGAUGGUGAUAUCAUUGACAACGAAGGUCAUAUCGUAGGUCGUGCUGAUACGAUCAAACAAGAAGAAGAACCUAAGGAAGAAGAAGACAAGAACAAGCCUUUCAAUCCCAAUACCAUGGUUGAUGAACACUCGCCUCGUGUCAGAAAAUCAGGCAAGGUUGUUGAUGAAGACGACAAUAUUGUGGGUACUGUUGACAAGAGUAUUGCUCAUAAAAUGGUUGAUUUCCCUGUUGACGACGAUGGCAACAUUAUCAACCCUGAAGGGCAUAUCGUUGGCAAGGCUCAAAUGAUCAAGGAAGACAAGGAGCCUAAGGGAGACCCUGAGGAAGAAGAAUACCGCAAGAUUGCUGACCAAAUGUCUACUUGUAUUCAACAGUCUCUUGAUAAGAUCAAGCCUAUCCUUAAGCGCAUUACUGAAACCAUUGAUGAAGAAGAAGCCAAGCCUCAAAAGGAACGUGAUGAACAAAAACUGGUUGAUACUGUUAAACCAUUGAUUGAACAAGGCUCUCAAAUUCUUGAAGAAGCUAAUGGUGCUAUUCGUGGUCUGGAUCCUACUGGUCGUAUCGCUAAGAAGGCUCAAUCCAACACUUCCAACAGAAAGGCUUCUCCUGAAGAAUAUCACUUGGCAGAUCUUUUGGCUCAACUCUCGGGUGAGGUUACUACAACCAUUGACAGAGCCAAGAAGAAGAUUAGAAACAUGCCACACGCAAAGAAAGAACUUAGCCCCUUAUGGAACAUCUUGCAAAGUCCCUUGCUACAAAUUCUUUCUGCUGUCGGUCUUUUAUUGACUGGUGUUCUCGGUCUUGUAGGCAAUAUUCUAAAUGGUCUUGGUCUUGGUUCCAUUAUCAAUUCUCUCUUAGGUGGUAUUGGUCUUAACAAGAUCCUUGAAGGUUUUGGUCUUGGAGAUGCCUUGAAUUUGGGACGCAAAAAGAACUAA